UGAGAUGGUGCCACUGCACUCCAGCCUGGCAAACAGUAUCUUGUCUCAAAAAAAAAUAAAUGGUCGUUAAAUAAGAGAUGGCAUUCAUCAUUCUCAGCAAACUAACACAGGAACAGAAAACCAAACACCACAUGUUCUCACUCAUAAGUGGAAGUUAACAAUGAGAACACAUGGACGCAGAGAGGGGAACAUCACACACCGCAGCCUGUCGGGGGUUGGGGGCAAGGUGAGGGAGAGCACCUAAUGUAUGUGGGGCUUAAAACCUAGAUGAUAGGUUGAUGGGUGCAGCAAACCACCAUGGCACAUGUAUACCUGUGUAACAAACCUGCAUGUUCUGCACAUGUAUCCCAGAACUUAAAGGAAAAUUUUUAAAAAUGAGAUGGCAUUGUAUAUCUGAUUAAUCAACUAAAACAUUAUUUAAGCAAUAUCCAACAGUUUGUUAUUGAUGGUGUAAACUGGUACAGUCUUUUGGGGGAGCAAUAGUGUCAUCAGUCAUUUCUGUCCUUAUCUUUUGCCCGGGUAACUUCAUUGUUGCAAAUUCAUCAUAAAAUAACGUCUUAAUCUGUUUGGGCUGUUAGGACGAAAUACCAUAAAGUAGGUAGUUUAUUAACAACAGAAAUUUAUUUUCUCACAGUUUUGGAGGCUGGGAAGUCCAUGAUAAGGCACAAGCGGAUUCAGUGUCGGGUGAGGGCCUGCCUGUGGUGCACAGACAGUGUGCCUUCUAGCUGUGUUCUCAUGUGGUGGAAGGAGCCGACUCUGGGGUCAUUUCAUACUGGCACUAAUCCCAUUCAUGAGAGCUCUCCCUUCAAACUCUGUUCACCCCCAAAGGCCCACCUCCUAAUACCAUCAUCACCUUGAGGGGUUAGAUUUCAACAUGAAUUUGGGGGAUCACAUUCAGAUCAUAAGUUAUAUAUAACUUAAAAAGAAGAAAAAUGUGGAAUUCAUGGAGAUGUUCAGGGCAGUAUGGAUUACACUGAAAAACUGUCAACAACCUACAUGCCCAGUAAAAGGGAAACAACCAAGAAAAGUCUGUGUCGUGUUCACGCGCUGGCAGGAAACAUAGAGCAGGCAGGGAAAGGAAAGGGACUCGAGGAACGCGCUGUACCAACAGGAGGCAGCACCCCUUUGCCCGAGAGGCUCAACGACAGAAACCUAAGGCUACCUGGGCCGGAGUGGGGUGAGGCCGCGGAGAACGCACCCCGCUAGGCGGCUGCCGAGACGGAGGCUGGCGUUUCGACCACUGCCCGACAAUGUGCUUACUCAGCUCCACCCACACUGGCCUGGACCCAGUCUCUAACGGCUAAAAAUAUUGCCCGAAGGCUCCCGAGCAGAAUCAGAUCGCGCUAAGUAGGGCACAACGCAGAGGCGACAGAGCUCCUCGGCCCCAGGGCCCGCGGAGCAGACUCCGGAACGCCGUCCGGCCCACGCUCGGCUCUGCAGUUAGCGUCCUCCGUCCUCCUGAGCAGGCAAGCGGGGCCUGAGGGCGGUGGCGGCUGGGGGCACGGGUCCCCUGAAGUUGCCUCGCAACCGAGCACUGGACCCGGUCUCUCCCUUCCCAGGGGGCCUUCGGCAUCACUGUAGGCUUCCUAGGGGUCCCCUAAGUGCUCUGCAAACCGCGGCUGGAAGUUUCCCACUGCAGGAAUCAGUAUACGAACAGGGAGAACACAUAGGGCUUGCUUUAUGCUAGAAACACAAGCAUCUUUCUUCUUUAUUAGAAAGAAAUGCAUUCUGUGUUUCUGAGAAAGGAUUUGUGCCAGGCGCUGUUUCUGGUGAGUGCCAGUUUGACCCUAAAGGGCACUGAGAAAGACUUUCCUAUUAGUCUCUUUGGGUUCUGGCUAAACUUUAAAAUCAAACAAAAUAGAAACCAGCUUAUUCACCUGAAACUAGAAGCACAUGGCCGAGGAGCCUGAACAGGCACCUCCUAUCUAGGCAGGGAAGCUGUUGUAAUCAGGAGCUUGUGUGGCACACUCCAGUCAGAGCUGGGUCUCUCAUCCUGGGCCCAUUUUUCACAGCACCAGCCAAAGGAGAACGUCCUCUCCACCCUAGGGGCAGAGCUGCUACCAGGACCAGGUGGGGCCAGCCCCAGAUGUGCUACUUGUGCUCUGAGUCUCAGCAAGACAAUAAAAUCAAGGCUGGGUCAGGAUCCCCAACUGGUGUUGGGUUUUGGCAUUUCAAAGCUGGCUUUUUAUUAGAGCCAGGCAAAUGGGUGUUCCUUGGGAACAGCCCUUAGGAACUCACUGGGGCAUUUGGUGGAAAGACUGCCAUGGGGAUUUUGCAUGCUGGAGGUACAGAUGGUGUCCUUCCUGCCAGGUGUAUGUGGAGGCCAGUAUGAAGCUGAAAAAGCAGGUGACAGUGUGUGGGGCUGCUAUCUUCUGUGUGGCAGUCUUCUCGCUCUACCUCAUGCUGGACCGAGUGCAGCAUGAUCCCACUCGACACCAGAAUGGUGGGAACUUCCCCCGGAGCCAAAUUUCUGUGCUGCAGAACCGCAUUGAGCAGCUGGAGCAGCUUUUGGAGGAGAACCAUGAGAUUAUCAGCCAUAUCAAGGACUCCGUGCUGGAGCUGACAGCCAAUGCAGAGGGCCCGCCCGCCAUGCUGCCCUACUACACGGUCAAUGGCUCCUGGGUGGUGCCACCGGAGCCCCGGCCCAGCUUCUUCUCCAUCUCCCCCCAGGACUGCCAGUUUGCUUUGGGGGGCCGGGGCCAGAAGCCAGAGCUGCAGAUGCUCACUGUGUCGGAGGAGUUGCCGUUUGACAAUGUGGAUGGUGGCGUGUGGAGGCAAGGUUUCGACAUCUCCUAUGACCCGCACGACUGGGAUGCUGAAGACCUGCAGGUGUUUGUGGUGCCCCACUCUCACAAUGACCCAGGCUGGAUCAAGACCUUUGACAAGUACUACACAGAGCAGACCCAACACAUCCUCAAUAGCAUGGUGUCUAAGCUGCAGGAGGACCCCCGGCGGCGCUUCCUCUGGGCAGAGGUCUCCUUCUUCGCCAAGUGGUGGGACAACAUCAAUGCCCAAAAGAGAGCGGCAGUCCGAAGGCUGGUGGGAAACGGGCAGCUGGAGAUUGCGACAGGAGGCUGGGUGAUGCCGGAUGAGGCCAACUCCCACUACUUUGCGUUGAUUGACCAGCUCAUUGAAGGACACCAGUGGCUGGAGAGAAAUCUUGGUGCAACCCCCCGCUCUGGCUGGGCAGUGGACCCCUUUGGACACAGCUCCACCAUGCCUUACCUGCUGCGCCGUGCCAACCUCACCAGCAUGCUGAUUCAGAGAGUGCACUAUGCCAUCAAGAAGCACUUUGCUGCCACCCACAGCCUAGAGUUCAUGUGGAGGCAGACAUGGGACUCGGACUCCAGCACAGACAUCUUCUGUCACAUGAUGCCCUUCUACAGCUAUGACGUCCCCCAUACCUGUGGCCCGGAUCCCAAGAUCUGCUGCCAAUUUGAUUUCAAACGCCUGCCUGGUGGGCGCAUCAACUGCCCUUGGAAGGUGCCACCCCGGGCCAUUACAGAGGCCAAUGUGGCAGAGAGGGCAGCCCUGCUCCUGGACCAAUACCGGAAGAAGUCCCGGCUGUUCCGAAGCAACGUCCUCCUCGUGCCUCUUGGAGAUGACUUCCGAUAUGACAAGCCCCAGGAGUGGGAUGCCCAAUUCUUCAACUACCAGCGGCUCUUUGACUUCUUCAACAGCAGGCCUAACCUCCAUGUACAGGCCCAGUUUGGCACUCUUUCUGACUAUUUUGAUGCCCUGUACAAGAGGACAGGGGUGGAGCCAGGGGCCCGGCCUCCAGGGUUUCCUGUGCUGAGCGGGGAUUUCUUCUCCUAUGCGGACCGGGAGGAUCAUUACUGGACAGGCUAUUACACUUCCCGGCCCUUCUACAAGAGCUUAGACCGAGUCCUGGAAGCCCACCUGCGGGGGGCAGAGGUUCUAUACAGCCUGGCUGCAGCUCACUCCCGCCACUCUGGCCUGGCUGGCCGGUACCCGCUGUCUGACUUCACCCUCCUGACGGAAGCUCGGCGCACACUGGGGCUCUUCCAGCAUCAUGACGCCAUCACUGGCACUGCCAAGGAGGCCGUGGUGGUGGACUAUGGGGUCAGGCUUCUGCGCUCCCUUGUCAACCUGAAGCAGGUCAUCAUUCAUGCAGCUCACUAUCUGGUGCUGGGGGACAAGGAGACCUACCACUUUGACCCUGAGGCACCCUUCCUCCAAGUGGAUGACACUCGCUUAAGUCACGAUGCCCUGCCAGAGCGCACGGUGAUCCAGCUGGAUUCCUCGCCCAGGUUUGUGGUGCUAUUCAACCCGCUGGAACAGGAGCGGUUCAGCAUGGUGUCCCUGCUGGUCAACUCGCCCCGUGUACGCGUCCUUUCGGAGGAGGGUCAGCCCCUGGCCGUGCAGAUCAGCGCACACUGGAGCUCUGCCACUGAGGUGGUCCCUGAUGUCUACCAGGUGUCUGUGCCUGUCCGCCUGCCAGCCCUGGGCCUGGGCGUGCUGCAGCUACAGCUGGGCCUGGAUGGGCACCGCACGCUGCCCUCCUCUGUGCGUGUCUACCUGCACGGCCGGCAGCUGUCUGUCAGCAGGCACGAAGCGUUCCCUCUCCGUGUCAUUGACUCUGGCAGCAGUGACUUCGCCCUCAGCAACCGCUACAUGCAGGUCUGGUUCUCAGGCCUUACUGGGCUCCUCAAGAGCAUCCGAAGGGUGGAUGAGGAGCAGGAGCAGCAGGUGGACAUGGAAUUCCUAGUCUAUGGCACCCGUACGUCCAAAGACAAGAGUGGAGCCUACCUCUUCCUGCCCGAUGGCGAGGCCAAGCCCUAUGUCCCCAAGGAGCCCCCUGUGCUGCAUGUCACUGAAGGCCCUUUCUUCUCAGAGGUGGUUGCAUACUAUGAGCAUGUUCACCAGGUGGUCCGGCUUUACAAUCUGCCAGGGGUGGAGGGGCUGUCUCUGGACAUAUCAUCCCUGGUGGACAUCCGGGACUACGUCAACAAGGAGCUGGCCCUGCGCAUCCAUACAGACAUCGACAGCCAGGGUAUCUUCUUCACAGACCUCAAUGGCUUUCAGGUGCAGCCCCGACGAUAUCUGAAGAAGCUCCCCCUCCAGGCCAACUUCUAUCCUAUGCCAGUCAUGGCCUAUAUCCAGGACGCACAUAAGCGCCUCACACUGCACACUGCCCAGGCCCUGGGUGUCUCUAGCCUCAAAGAUGGCCAGCUGGAGGUGAUCUUGGACCGGCGGCUAAUGCAGGAUGACAACAGGGGCCUAGGCCAAGGGCUCAAGGACAACAAGAGAACCUGCAACCGUUUCCGCCUCCUGCUAGAGCGGCGAACCGUGGGCAGUGAGCCUGACUUUUUCUCCAAACUGGCAGCCAUGUUUAGGGGCUUGAUCUUUCACAGCAGCAGGAGCGGUAACCGAGAGGUCCAAGAUAGCCACUCUACCAGCUACCCAUCCCUCCUCAGCCACCUGACCUCCAUGUACCUGAACACCCCGGCGCUCGCUCUGCCUGUAGCCAGGACGCAGCUCCCAGGCCCUGGUCUGCGCUCAUUUCAUCCUCUGGCUUCCUCACUGCCUUGUGACUUCCACCUGCUCAACCUACGUACGCUGCAGGCUGAGGAGGACACCCUGCCCUCAGCGGAGAUGGCACUCAUCUUACACCGCAAGGGUUUUGACUGCGGCCUGGAGGCCAAGAACUUGGGCUUCAAUUGCACCACAAGCCAAGGCAAGGUAGCCCUGGGGAGCCUUUUCCAUGGCCUGGACGUGGUAUUCCUUCAGCCAACCUCCUUGACAUUGCUGUACCCUCUGGCCUCCCCAUCCAACAGCACUGACGUCUAUUUGGAGCCCAUGGAGAUUGCUACCUUUCGCCUCCGCUUGGGUUAGGGCUUCUUGUGGCCUGAAGAGAAAGUUCAUUUACAGAGAUGGCCUCUUAACAUGAAGAUCGUUGGACAGGCCACAUGGGUAUCCCAUCCCGAUCUGCCUCCCAGAACUGUGACACACUGGGCUCUGCCCUCAUUUUCUGUUUAUUGCUGCUGCUGUGUUUUGGGGGCAACCCACAAACCCAGUGAUGGGUAAAUAGGGCAGAUGUCAGUGAGAUCAGGGAGAGAAGGCCCUUGGUCAGAGUGGGCAGUGCCAGGCUCUGCUUCGGGUUGUGAGUGGACACCCAACUGGGCACAGGCUCAGGCACCCAUCCUUUUUCCAAAAGGGGAUAUAGGAGAAGUGGAAGCAGACAGAAGACGUAAGGGAGGCUAAGUGGGUAACAGCCUGGCAUCAGGGUCACCGUGGGCAACAGCCAGCUCUAAGGGAAUCCUGUGGUUCCGUAGAGACUCCAUGUCCUGGUGUGAUGAGCAGGAUCAGAGUGACUCUGGGAGGACAGGGAUGGGGACCCAGAGUUAGCAAUGGGGGUGGAGCAGUAGAAGGAAUCACUGUUUCUCCUAGGAGUCUGACGGCCUCGCUGCUUUCUGUGAUGGCUUUGCUGUAAGUGCCGCCUGGCCUGCAUGCAUUGGCUAAGAGGCUGCAGAGUGGCAGGAAGGACUCACUAGAGAUUGUCAUGGCCAGAGGUCAUAGGUCACUUCAGGUAGCAAGACCCCUGGCAAACUAGGCACUUGGCCUAUGUACUGAUUUGUGGGGUGGUGGCAGGGGCAUGGGGUCCUCCACCCUGCCUGAAUCCUCUUUGGCUUCUAUGCUCUGUACACUGCUGUCCCCAAGAGCUCGCUCUUAUUAUGGCAGGGGGUGGGGAUUGGUCCUGCUUUCUUUCUCUGGAAAGGAAAGCCUCCAAGACCCUAUGUGCUUGGGCAGCUUGAGAAGGCGUUCAGCAUCACGCCUAGCAGGCAGACCUUAAAGCUUCACCUUUGGUCUAUCCUGCAGAGGUGUUCAGUUACUGGCACAGGGGACUAGGGGUAUGUAGAGUAUAUGAGGAGGCAGUAUGGCUGCGCAGGAGCCUUCAUUUCAGCUUCAAUUAAUAAAGAAAAUUUUAUGAUAGCUCUAUAGAUGCUGAAAAGAUAAUUUGGUAAGAUUUAAAAUCCAUCCCUUAUUAAAACUCUUAGUAAAUUAAGUCUGGAAAGAAACACCCUAAUCUAGAUAAAGGUCUGUUUCAGAAACCAACAGUUACUGGCAUUCUGAAGAGUCAAACGCCACAGGCAUUCCCAUUAAAGUCAGAAACUAGCCAAGGGCAUGCUAUUAUUCAGCAAUGUCCCGGCACUACUAACCCCUGCAACAAGCCAAAUGAGGAAAAUAAGGAAGAAUUAUAAUUGUCAUUAUUUGUAGACAAUAAAACUGCCUACCUGUAAAACCUAAGAAUCAACUGAA